UCAUUAUUCACUUUCCCCCUUUCUCUUUCAGAGUUUUCACGUCUUCCACAAUGAAUCCAGUUUACAGCCCCGUUCAACCUGGGGCUCCUUAUGGAAACCCUAAGAACAUGGCCUAUACAGGUUAUCCUGCUGGAUAUCCCACGGCUGCCCCUACCUACAACCCAAAUAUGUACCCGACCACCAGCCCAGGCUAUGCCCCAGCGACACUCCUGAUGAAACAGGCCUGGCCUCAGACAUCAUCCUCUUGUGCCUCUGAGGGUACCUUUCACCUCCCAGUGGACACUGGGACCGAGAACAGAACUUACCAAGCUUCAUCAGCCGCAUUCAGGUAUACCGCUGGAACGCCCUACAAGGUCCCUCCCACCCAGAGCAACAGCGCACCUCCUCCCUAUUCUCCAUCACCAAAUCCUUACCAAACCGCUAUGUACCCCAUCCGAAGUGCCUAUCCGCAGCAGAACCUGUAUGCCCAAGGAGCAUAUUAUACACAGCCAGUGUAUGCGGCGCAGCCUCAUGUCAUCCACCACACCACCGUGGUCCAGCCAAACAGCAUCCCGUCUGCUAUUUAUCCAGCUCCCGUGGCUGCCCCAAGGACUAACGGCGUGGCCAUGGGGAUGGUAGCUGGGACCACCAUGGCAAUGUCAGCAGCUCCUGCCCCGCCCCCUCCUCCCCCAGUGAAGGUCUAUUUGUUUGGUUACAACUCGGGUGCAACUUGGCACAUGGUCGGAGGCACUUUGCUGACCACCCCUCAACACACUGCCAUCGGGGCACAUCCAGUCUCGGUGCCAACCUACAGGGCACAAGGGACCCCUGCCUACAGCUACGUACCUCCACAUUGGUAAUCCCAUUGGCCAAGCCACAUCUGGAGUCAAACAUUGUAUGCAACAACUCAAGUCUUACAUGGGUGCUGGAGCAACUGUCCCAAGGCACCAAGUCUGUUAGCAAGAACACAAACAAAAGAAGUGCAAGGGUCACUUUAUGCAUUCUGUAGGGUUUAAUUUUUUAAUUCCUUUUUUUUUUUUAGUUGAUUUUGUAAAAGCCACUUCCCUGCCAUAGCCCCAUUCUCUUGCUGCCACCGCCUUUCUCCUCUCGUCUUCCCCCACUCAGAAUUGCUUCAUGCCACCCACUGAUGCUGAGCAAUAUUCGUGCUUUUGAAUCCCCCUCUUCCUCCCCCAGUCUUCACCUUCCUCUCUUCCCCCAGUUCCACGUCGCAAGUGUCUCCUGAUCUCAUGCAUUUCAUCCAGAGUCUAAUUUUGUUUUUUUUUAAUACUAGCAAAAAUGAUUGACUGGUGAUGUUCAGGGUUUCUGAGUGGGAAAAAAGCACAGUGCUGGCAGGCUAGCAGGCUUCUCCCCCCUCCCCCCCCUUUCCAGUUCCAUUAAUAUCUACCUACCUAUCUGUCUAUAUCUGUAUCUUCAAUUGUUCCAUCUUCCACAACAUGACACGGGAAAAUUGGCGUCUUCCAGAUAAGGUGUCGGAAUUAGAUUUACAGUUCAUUAUAUCUGCGUUGAAACGUGGAGCUCAUUCCUUCAUUUACAGGAGCAGGCAAAAGGAUGAAUGGCGUGUCGGGCCACCCCCACCCCUCGUGUCACAGGAAGCAGGGAAGCUGCUAACUAUU